AUGAGCAAAAAAGGCCCUACCCUCAUUAAUCUCCCUCCUCCCCCUUCCGACCCUGCCACCCCCAAUGAGAUGGGCCCUGGCACCCCCAAUUCGACCACUACCUCACUAUCUGCGCUCUCAGUUGUUGCGAUCAAAGACGGCGCCGUUGGUCAUGGCGGCCGUGGCGCCGCUUCCUCCGCAAACACAUUAGAGGCUGAGCGCGCCGAUCGAAUCUCGAGAUUAGCCGGCCUAGAGCGUGUUGCUACUGGCCGUCACGGUGCAGGUGGCCAUCUCGCCCCUGGUGGUGCCACUCAGACUCCUCCCAACUACGUUGACAACACUCCUCUGUACAAAGAGCGAAGCACGGUUGGUAGUGCAAGCGCUACUGGCAGCGUCGGCGGCCGAACAACUUGGGCUAGUGGAAGUGUUGACUACGAUGCGGACAAGAUGAGCGAAGAUCAGGAUGAUGGCGUCUCUAGCGUUGGCGGCUUCAGCGACGAAGAUAAAGCUAGCCUCGUUGGAUUUGGUGAGGGGGCAGGCAGCACAGUCAGCGGUCCAGUAUCUACAACGAGCGCCAGAGCUAUGGCUGCACGCAGCAUGGCUAGUCCCUCCACGCCACGCACCAGCUAUCCGCCUUCUGGUUCAGGUCAGAGCACUCCCAUGAGUGGCAUUGUACCCACAGCGGCUGCUGGCAGCACCGAUCCUAGGAUGAUGGACGGUAUGUCGUACGACACGAACAUUGUCGACACCACCAUGCAACCAGCCCCGCCCAUCAAUCAACCAUCGCAGGGAAAUCGGUUCAGCGGUGUCGGUACCGAGAUGGCGGAAGGGAUCAUGAGAGAUAGAAUGAAUGAGUCUAGUGGCGGUCGGGCUAUGAACACUCCAGAUACUUCUCAGACGCUCGGCAGAUUCCCUUUCGAGCGGGAGUAG